AAACAGCUUUAUGUUACGCUGUCCGCAGUACGUCGAUGCUAACAGCGUACACAUGAAGACGGAGAUCCGCUGAAGCUACACGAACGGUCGCGUCGGUCGGUCCUCUCUAUUAUGGCGUUUUCUAAAAAAUGGAAAUAGUGUUCAGCCUUGUGUCGUUAACUGUCACCAAGGUUCUACAGUUUUCUGGAUUCGUGGACAAGAGGAAUGUCCUGAAGACGAAGAGGAUGGAGGAGAAAGCGUUAGAAGUGUACGAUGUGAUUCGAUCGAUCCGUGACCCGGAGAAGCCCAACACCCUGGAGGAGCUGGACGUGGUGACGGAGAAAUGUGUGGAGGUCCAGGAGCUGGCAGAGGACGAGUACCUCAUCCUUAUCAAGUUCUCUCCGACCGUCCCUCACUGCUCUCUGGCUACUCUGAUUGGCCUCUGCUUACAAGUGAAGCUGCAGCGAUGUUUGCCGUUCAAACACAAGCUGGAGGUUUACAUUUCAGAAGGAACCCAUUCAACUGAGGAAGACAUUAACAAACAGAUCAACGAUAAGGAGCGAGUGGCUGCCGCUAUGGAAAACCCAAACCUGAGGGAGAUCGUGGAGCAGUGUGUGACCGAGCCCGACGACUGACGGAGGACGACACUGUGUGUGUGUGUGUGUGUGUGUGUGUGAGAGAGAGUGUGUCCACAGCGCCUGAGGAUGUUUUUCUGCUGAUUCCUGGCCGUCUCUCUGGAUUCGUCUUCUGGUUGGGUGCUGCUCGGGGGGAUUUGCUGGAGAGCCUCCAGUCAGAAGCUUGAAUGUUGAGCUGUGAAUAAAGCAGGAUGGAGGCUGGGAUGGAGCCACGGCAUUGGCUUUGGGACGGCCGCGGGUCUUUGUGGUCGGUGGAAGUGGGCCAGCGUUUUGUCUUCUGUGGUGAUUCUGCUUUUGUUAAGGCACUCAUGGGGUGAUUCACUCAGAAAAUGAGAAUAUUUUUGAGGUGAUUGUUUUAAUAAAAGGAUGUGAUACAAAUGA